GGCGAGCAUGAUUACCUCGGCAAUAAAAUAAUACAGCCUCCAGUGCAGUGUAAGCAGUCUCAGUGAGCAGAGUCCAGAAGCUCGUCCGGUCGCUUUGUGGGAGAUGAUUGUCGAAGUCUUUUCAGACCAGCGACUGGUUUUCAGAGACGAUGCCCUCGGGGAAGACGCUGAAGUUCGUCCUGUACGAGGUGCUGCAGUUCGCGGCCCUCAUCAUACCGGUCUGUGUCAUAAUGGAGAGGUUUGCCGGCCUCAUACGGGACGUGAGAGGGGGGGAUCUGACGGCCUACUGGCUGGUGGUGGCCGCCUCGGUCGCCUACGUGACCUCCGUGACCCUGCUGGUGUGGGUGCCUCUGAAGUAUCUGAUCCUGAAGAAGAGGAGGUUUAUCACGGAGAUCACACAGUGGAGGCCGACAGCGCUGGCGUAUCUCAUGCUGUGCACGUUCCCGUGCUUUGCCAUAUUAAUAGCCAGCUCCAAGGUGCAGGUGGACAGAGGACUCAAGCUCGACCAUUUUACUGAGUUGCCCGUGUCCUUGGUGCUUUUCUCCCUCAUCUGUGUGGACAUCAUCGAGAGGAUCCGGCCCUGCAAGCUCAUGGGACCAUCAGACAGCCUGGAGUCUGACCUUGAGAUGCCCGGCCCGGUCCUCACCCACCUGGAGUCGGUGAGCACCGUCACAGGCCAGCUGCCCGCUGACGAUGAUGAAGGUCAGAGCACUAUGACCCCAGAGGUCAGGAACGGCGGACCCUCGGGCAGAUGGUCCGACCUCCCUGGCUCCCCCAGCCGCCCCCCACACAGCGCCGCCUACCUCUACUCCUCUUCCUCGCGUCGGAGGUCCUACUCCGGUCCUCUGGGCUUCCUGUGGCGCAGGGACAUGAGGUCAGAGGUGCUGGUGGAUUGUUUCCUGUUCUGGUUUGACACGGUGGAGAUGGUGAGAGUAGCAGGAGAGCCGCUGAUCUUCUACUCGGUCUGGGUGUUCCCCGUCUACAUCCUGGCCUUCAUGUCCACUCUCCGCAUGAUCAUCACUCCUCAAAACCCUCUGUUGAGUUCUGCCGGAGUCGCUCUGCAGGACCUUCCUUUCUUCGUCUUUAGAGUCGCUCUCAUUUUCGUGUUUGGUUAUGUCACACCCGUGUUGUACACGUUGAAAAAUGUGCUGGUGAGCCUGACUUUUAUCUACUUUACAUUCCUGACUAAGCUGAGGAUUUUCAAAAGGCAGAGCAUGUUUUGA